AUGGCAAAGUCAACAAUCUCGACUAUUCUGAAAAACAAAGCCGCCAUCAAAGGAGCUGAUGUUGCAAAAGGAGUAACAAUGUUAACCAAGCAGAGGACGCAAGUGCUGGAAGAGGUGGAAAAACUUUUGCUUGUGUGGUUGAAUGAGAAACAGCUGGCAGGUGAUAGCGUUAGUGAAGCUAUGAUCUGUGAGAAAGCCAGGAAAUUGCACAGUGAUUUACUGCAAAGAAGCCCCUCUACAACUGCAGCAAGUGACGAAUUUAAAGCCAGUAGGGGGUGGUUUGAAAAAUUCCGCAGGAGAAGUGGCAUCCACAGUGUGAUUAGACAUGGUGAGGCUUCCAGUUCUGACAAGGCCGCAGCAGAAGCCUACAAGUUAGACUUUGCGGAAUUCAUGAAGACAGAAGGAUACGUCCCUCAACAAGUGUUCAACUGUGAUGAAACAGGGCUCUUCUGGAAAAAAAUGCCGAACAGAACCUAUAUCACGCAGGAGGAAAAGGCACUACCAGGGCACAAGCCCAUGAAGGACAGAUUGACCCUUUUGCUGUGUGCCAACGCAAGCGCCGAUCUGAAAAUUAAACCACUACUGGUGUACCAUUCUCAGACCCCUCGUGCAUUUAGGGAACAAAAUGUGAACAAGGCCAGACUGCCCGUCAUGUGGAGAGCCAAUGCCAAAGCUUGGGUCACAAGGCAAUUGUUUAUGGAAUGGCUGCACGAGGUGUUUGCACCCACCGUCAGAAAAUAUCUUUCUGAUAACCAGCUGCCUGAAAGGUGCCUUCUUCUGAUGGACAAUGCCCCGGCACACCCUCCAGCCUUGGUGGAUGAUAUGGAUGCUGAGUAUGACUUCAUCAAGGUAAAGUUCCUCCCCCCCAACACAACACCACUUCUGCAGCCUAUGGACCAGCAAGUCAUCUGCAACUUCAAGAAGCUGUACACAAAGGCGCUCUUCACUAGGUGUUUUAAUGUCACUGAAGAGACGUCCUUGACUUUGAAAGACUUCUGGAAGAAACAUUUCAAUGUUGCCCACUGCAUUAACCUCAUUGACAAAGCCUGGGAAGAGGUCACUCCCCGAACCCUAAAUUCAGCCUGGAGGAAACUGUGGCCAGAAUGUGUCGCUGAACGUGAACAUGACAUUGAAGUGCCUGAUGCUGAGGUAGUGGAGGAAAUUGUGUCCAUGGGCAAGAGUAUGGGUCUGGACGUUGAUGGUGCUGAUGUGGAAGAGCUUGUUGAGGAACAUAGGGAGGAGCUGACCACGGAAGAACUUUCUGAACUCCACAGUGAGCAGCAGAAGGCACUUCUUGAGGAGCAUUCCACUGAGGAAGAGGAAGAAAGGGAGGAGGUUAGCAGUGAUGCCAUAAAAUCCAUUAUGCAAAAAUGGAAUGAGUGCCAUGAUUUUUUUGAAAAGCACCACCCCAACAUAACUGUCGUGAACAGAGUGUUAAAUCUCAUGAAUGAUAAUGUGGUCUCUCAUUUCCGGAGGGUUAUGCAGCGCAGGAAGAGACAAGUGACAUUGGACAGAUUUUUCAGCAAAACUGAGCCUGCAGCUAGGAGACAAAGGAGAGAGGAAACCCCUGAAGGAGAUCCCCCUGAUGUCCUUAUGGAGGGGGACUCUCCCUCCAAACAAUAA